UCAGGGCGCAUGCGCAGUGUUUGAAAGCGAUGGCGGCGCUCACGGAGGAGGCGAUUCGGGAGCGAGUCACUCUGCGGCAUCAGAACCUCGCUGAUGUCCGAUCAUUGUCUCUUCCUGGAACUUAUCAUGAAAAGAUUACUCAUUUAGGAAAUUCUCUGAAAAAUUUCACUCGCCUAAAAUCCUUAGACCUCUCUCGCAAUGGAUUGGUUAGCUUGGAGGGUAUUCAGCAUCUCAUAUUUUUAGAAAAGCUCAAUGUCUAUUACAAUCACAUUUCAUCACUAUCAGAAAUAUUUCGACUUCAUAGUUUAACUGCACUCAAGGAUGUGGACCUCCGUCUGAACCCUGUAGUUAAAAAUGAGUCCGAUUAUCGUCUUUUUGUUGUGCACAUGCUUCCUAACCUUAGACGAUUAGAUGAUCGACCAGUGAGAGAGAGUGAACGAAAAGCAUCCCUUUUGCAUUUCACCACAGAUCAUGCAUUUGAAUUAAAAGAUUCUUCACCGACAGCAAAAGUGAAUGAAAUUGAAAGAUCUGGCCAGCCACGGAUAGCAUAUAUUAACUCCAUGUCAAGGAAGUGUUCAGUGAUGGAUGAAGAAGAUGAAGCAGUGCUAAACUUAAUUACAAAAUGUGAAUGGGACUUGAGCAAACCUCUUGGAAUAACAGGAUCUGCUAAAAAGGACCCUGAAGUAGAAUUUCACAGCUUACAAAGUAUUCGCAAUAUUGAAGAUAAUGUUGGCAUUACUAUGAAUAGGAAAUCCGAAACCAGACCCAUCAGCCUACAAAUGCGGAAGCAACAAGCAAAUAUGCCUGUGGAUGUUAGUUCAGAAAACAGAAAUGCGUUGAAAGUUCAGGAAACUGACGAAGAGUUCAGAAGUUUGCCUGAUUGUUCACCAACUCUGCCUGUUGUACAUAAUACCAUUAAGCAAGGGAAUGAGAAAAGGAAAAAUAGCACCAAAGUUACAUUUUCAGACAAUAAGAGUCAAGAUCUUCCUAAGAGAGAUCCUAAUCUGAAAUUUCAAGAUGAAGCUGAAUCUUAUAAAAAAAUUACAACCCAUGCCAAUUUCACACCCCAUCCAGACUCUCAAGAAAUUUCUUCUCCAGUCCUCUCUUCUCCAAAGAUGCAUGCACAGGCUCAGAAGAUUUUUAAUACAUUAUCAGCAUCUAGAUUACUUUGCAAUAGAACAUCACAUAAUGGAGGAAGCCAACCAGUUCAGACCCAGACUUACUCUGCAGCUUUACAGAAAAAUAAUGGCCAACCUAAUGUUAGUUUGAAUGUGUCUAAACAAGAAACAAUGCAAGAGAGUGACAGAAACCAUCCUCCUUCCAUUCAGGGACCUGGACCUGAAGAGCAAAGGCCAAAUGGCAAAACUACAGAUGUCAGAGAGGUGUUUGAAACACAUCAAGUAGCAACUCAGUCAGCUAAUAAACAUCUGUAUGAAGCAACACCUAUGGAAGAUCUCCUGGACUUAGUGGACAAAUAUUGGAAUGGUUAUAAAUCACUCCACUGCAAUGAGAAAUUUCUUUCUCAGGCAGGACCUGUUUUGUCUGCAAUGCAGAAAUCUGCACCUGCGGAUCAACAAAAAGAUUCUGCAACAAUGUGUCAGGAGGUGAAUAAUCUGCUGGUAGAGAAAAAGAUUUUACAAAGUCGUUUGUCUCAACAAGAUCAACAAUACCACAUAAAGAUUAACAGUCUGAUGUCAGAACUGAGCAACUCUCAAAAAGACAUGGAUAUCUUGAAGCAACAUUUAGACCAGUUGUUGGAAGAGAACACUAACUUAAAAGCUCAUCUGUUAAAUGUGGAACAGAAUGUCAAAAAUGCAGACAGUUCUAGUUCAUUACAUUUGCAACUUACUGAUCUGCAAAAUGAGAAUCAACAGUUAAGAAGUGAAAACAUCAACUUGAAACAGCAUCUUCAGCACUAUGAUCAGAUUCAGGAGCUCACAGAGAUGUUGCAGGAAAGUCACAGAACUUUGGUUUCUACCAAUGAGCAUCUCCUGCAAGAAUUAGCAGAGACACGUACACGGCACAGGACUGAAGUUGAGCAGCUACACUGGAGUUACAAUCAGUUAAAAAAAACAAUGGAUAAACAUCCUCCUAGCAACAUGGACAACAGCAGGUGUUAGUGACAAUCCAAGGAAGUUUUGUUGUAAAUGAUUUAUAAGAGGGGACACCCUUGAGUUUAUCUGACUGUGUGAGCAAACAUUUACAACUGCACCAUGAGUUGAUGUCUUUGAUUCCUUUUAUUUAUUCAGAAUUGUUUUUCUUUCUUUGUGCAUAUAAAUUGUUCAGCAGAGAUUUCCCCAGAACAAAUGUUCACUUUCUUUUUUUACAGAAACAUGGAUGUGCAUGAUGGCAAUUUAAACCCAGUCAGAAAUUUUGAUUGAGCACUUUCAGUCCAGAACUCAGGGCUACCUAAAGCUAAAUGUGAGUUCAAAUUUUAGAACUAUUAUUUUGAAAUCAGGACCAUAAGUGCCAAUGGCUGAGUUAGUUCACAAUGACAUAGCUCAUAUUUUUAUAUAUAAAUGUAGUAUAACGUAAGUUGACUUACAGCCCUGGUCUGUACUUAUGCACUGGGUACUGCUGUCCAUAUUAUCAAAUGUAACAUUAAACAUGGUUUAGAAAGGAAA